UGCUCUUACGUCGACAUACUCCUUUGACCUCUUCACCAAAAAACAAAAACUCCAUUGACCUGGGCCGAUAUUUACGACGGAAGGACCCAAAUUGUGGUGCCUAGAUCACCACGUGCUCACCUUCGUCCUCUUCCGAUCGGAUUAGAUGAACUUCUGCAACAACAGCGACAACGCGUCCACGGUCUAUUUAACCAGUAAAGCCCCCAUUACACAAAACAGAAAACACCAUUCCCAUAAUUCCGAGCCACCUUUCCAGUUCAAACUUUGAUAGAGGAAGUGGAAGCCAUGGCCACCCAACAACCCAUCUCAAAGAAGACGGCUUGCGUCGUCGGCGGCACCGGGUUCGUGGCGUCUCUGCUGGUCAAGCUGCUGCUCCAGAAGGGCUACGCCGUCAGAACCACCGUCAGAGACCCAGACAAUCAGAAGAAGGUCUCCCACGUCACAGCACUACAAGAGUUGGGUGAGCUAGAGAUUUUAGCAGGAGAUCUGACUGAUGAAGGGAGCUUCGACGCUCCGAUAGCAGGUUGUGAUCUUGUUUUCCAUGUUGCAACCCCUGUCAACUUUGCCUCAGAGGACCCGGAGAACGACAUGAUCAAACCGGCGAUCCAAGGGGUACUAAACGUUCUGAAAUCGUGUGUGAAAGCCCAAACAGUUAAGCGUGUUGUUUUGACAUCAUCAGUUGCUACAGUUUCGAUCAAUACACUUGAGGGAACAGGUUUGGUCAUGGACGAAAAGGAUUGGAGUGAUUUGGAGUUCUUGACUACUGUAAAGCCACCCACUUGGGGGUACCUUGCCUCCAAGACACAAGCUGAGAAGACAGCUUGGAAAUUCGCCGAAGAGAACAACAUUGAUCUCAUCACUGUGAUCCCUUCUCUUAUGGCCGGUCCUUCUCUCACUCCAGACGUCCCUCACAGUAACAUCCUUGCCAUGUCCUUAAUCACAGGAAAUGAUUUCCUCAUAAAUAUGGCCUUGAAAGGUGUGCAAAUGCUAUCAGGUUCAAUACCCAUUUCACAUGUGGAGGAUGUCUGCCGGGCGCAUAUAUUUUUAGCUGAGAAGGAGUCUGCUUCUGGUCGGUACAUUUGCUGUGCUGCCAACACCAGCGUUCCUGAGCUUGCUCAGUUCCUCAACAAAAGAUACCCCCAGUACAAAGUCCCCACUGAGUUUGGAGAUUUUCCGUCCAAGGCCAAAUUGAUCAUCUCUUCGGAGAAGCUUAUCAAGGAGGGGUUCGUUUUUAAGUAUGGCAUCGAAGAAAUAUAUGACCAAACUGUGGAGUACUUCAAGGCCAAGGGGUUGCUGCAUAACUAGAAAAACUGAGUCUCACUGGCUCAUGAUCCUCCUGUUAUAUGGAUCACAACAUGUGUCUAAUCGGCAUGUAUCUAGCUAGCUAUCUAUCUAUCUAUCGUCUGGCUUACCAUAUGUUUUUUGUUAUCUUGUUAAAAAGCAUCUUAAUUUUCUGAGUUCGGUAAAUGGUAAUAAAAUCGAGCAGCGACAACAAAGUAACUGCGGCUUCUUGUUGCUUUCUGAUGAGAA